AUGAUACCAUCAAAAAAACUAAAUCUAGAUCUUAUAAAUGAACAUUUAACUUGUCGUCUAUGUUCAGGUUAUUUAAUUGAUGCUUGGACAAUAAAUGAAUGUUUACAUUCAUUUUGUCGUCCAUGUAUAUUUUCAUAUUUUAAUGAUCAUGAUGAAAAUACAGCAUGUCCAGUAUGUUCAACAGUUCCACAUCCAGCUAAUCCAUUACUUGGUAUAACAAAAGAUUGUUGGUUACAACAAAUUGUUUAUAAAUUAGUUCCAUCAUUAUUUAAACGUGAAAUGUGUCAAAGACGUAUAUAUUAUGAUGCAAAUCCUGAUAGUAAAUCGAAAUUACUUGAACAAUAUACUAAAACACAUUUAUCACAAAUGGGUUGUCGUGAAGAAGAAUUAGGUGAAUUAAGUGAACGUUGUUUAUUUCAACAAAAAAAUAAAUUAAAUAAUAAAGAAAAUAUCUAUUUAACAUUAGAAUAUGAUAAAACUCAUAUAUAUUUUCUUGAAUGUUCAUCAAAUAUGCCAAUAAAUAUUUUAAAACAAUAUCUUAAAAAAGUUUUACCAUUAUCAAAACGAUCUCGAUAUCAAAUUGAUAUAUUAUAUGAACAAAAAAUUUUAUUAGAUAAUUUAACAUUAAAUCAUAUUUAUUCAUGGAAACAAAGUCAAUCAGAUAAAAAACAAAAACAAUUACAUUUAUUCUAUAAAGUUAUUAUUAUUGAACGUGAUGAAAAUGAAAAUUAUGAUGAACAAGAUAAUCAUAUUCUUCAAUCAGUUACAAAUACAGUUAGUUUAGAAUCGAAACCUCCUGCAUUUAUACGUUCAGCGAAUAUUUAUAAUAAUACAAAUCCAAAUUCAUUUGUUCAUACAACACCAUUUACUCCAGCUGAAGCAAGAACGAUUAGUUUAAAUAAUACGAUAACGGAACAAUUUCAAGGUAAUGAAACAAUUGAAUUAAUUAAACCAAAAGAAUGUACAUUACUUGAUUGUAAAACAUUUGCUAUGACAACGCCAAUUAAUUAUACAAUGAAUUCUCUUAAUGAAAUUUCUAAACCAAAAAAACGAUUAAAAAAGAUCAAUUCCAAUGACCAACCUUUAAUAAAAAAAUGUAAACCUGAGAAGAAAAAGAAGAUUAAAGAAGAAAAAAAUCUUAUUCCAUUAAUAUCAUCAAAUCCAUCAUUAACACCAUCGGAAAAUGAAAAUCCAAAUGAUAUUAUUGAACAAAAACAACUUUCCUAUUCAGAAGUUAUUCAAGAAGCAAAUAAACUUCUUGCAGCUGAAGAACCAUUAACACCAACAAAUAAUUCGAAUUCAUCAACAUCAAUACCGUUAACGAAUAAUCCAGUAACAACACGUUUAACAAAACCUAUAGCAACUGUUUCACCACUUCAUACAUCAAAAAAUAAUCAUAAUCGAGUAUUGGAAAAAUCGAAUAAUGAUGAUGAUCAAUUAAUUGAUCUAUCGAAAUCAAAUAUAUCAUCUAUUGAUAUUCCAAUAAAAUUAGAAACAAAAAAACGUUCGAGACAAACUUCAUCGUCAACGACACGAACGAAAAUAUCUCGACAUUCGAAUAAAUCGAAUAAUGAUGAUGGAAAUGAUUCAACAAAAUCAUUAAAAAAGACUCAUUCAAAUCAAUUUUUACCACCACCACCGCCACCUCUACCACCUCCAUCACAACAACAAAUGUUUCAAAAUCUAUUUCAUACAUUUCAAAAUCAAGCUACCUAUUGGCCUAUGACGCCAUGGCCAGUACCUCCGUCUCUAGCACUGAUGGCUGAUCCAAGAAAUUAUUAUACACAACCGUGGCCAUCACCACAACAAUCUAUUGUGCAUGCACCAAAAGAUCUUAGUUCAGCAAGUUUAAAUGAUUUUAUUAAUGAAACAUCUACUCCCGUUUUUCCUCUAUCAUCACCAUUAAUAAAUUCCGCUUCUAAUUUUUCUCGUACAUCAUCAACAAAUUCAUUACAUCUUCAUCAUACAACAAAUCGACAUCGACCGUCAACAUUAAAUGGUACAUUAUCUUAA